UGCUUUUGCGGUUCACGUGCACAUUUAUAUGUGUCUUUUUUCUGUCUUUCAACCAUAUUUGCAGUAGACACGCACAGUACUAUACUCCAUUAUCCAUGGCCGACUUAAGCUUCAUUGUUGGUAUUAUUGGUAAUAUAAUUUCUAUUCUGGUUUUUGCUUCUCCUAUAAAGACAUUUUGGACAGUGGUGAAGAAGAAAUCCACAGAAAAUUACAAAGGGGUUCCAUAUAUAACUACAUUACUGAGCACAAGUUUAUGGACUUUCUAUGGACUUCUGAACCCAGAUGGUUUGCUUGUAGUCACAGUGAAUGGAGCUGGUGCAGUUUUCCAGUUCAUCUAUGUCACUCUAUUUCUCAUCUAUGCUCCCAAGGAUAAGAAGGUAAAUGCAGCAAAGUUGGUGGCUUUAUUAGAUGUGGGGUUUCUUGGGGUAGUGAUAACAGUAACUCUCGUAGCCAUGCAUGGGAAUCUGAGGCUUACGUUUGUUGGAAUUCUAUGUGCUGCAUUCACCAUAGGCAUGUACGCAGCUCCUCUAUCUGCCAUGAGAACAGUGAUAAAGACUAAGAGUGUGGAGUAUAUGCCAUUCUUGCUUUCCUUCUUCCUCUUCCUCAAUGGAGGUGUUUGGUCUGUUUAUGCAGUGCUCGUCAAAGACUUCUAUAUUGGAGUGCCCAAUGCGACAGGGUUCGUGUUAGGUUCAGCUCAACUGAUACUUUAUGCGAUGUAUACGAAAAAGUCUGGCUCAGAAAAAUCUGCCAUGGAAGAAGAAGGCUCACCUCACUUGGUCAAAGGAGGGAUUGAGAUGCGCACACACAAUGAUGAAGAUGAUAAGAUGUGCAUCAAUAACCGAAGUCUGAAUAAGGGAAAAAGCUUACCGAAGCCAACUGUGAAUAGACAAAAUAGCUUGAAGAAAAUCUUGAAGACACUUUCUUUGAAUGUUCAGGAUUUGCAAUCUGGUUGGCUUCAUGAUAUUGAACUUGGGAAUAGGAAACCUGAUAAUGAUCAACCCUGAGAAUAUCCUUGUUUUCUUUAAUACUUACUUAUUGAUACUAUAGUCAUAGUUGAGAAGCUUUAAGUUCAAAAUCCAGUCUGGAGCGAAUUAAAUAAAAAUAAAAUAAAAUAUUAAUUGGAUAGCUUUAUAUGUAUUUUAAUUAAUGAUUUUAUUAUUUAUAAAGAAAUUAUUUAGAUUUUAUUGUUUA